UUUAUAUCUGGGUACUUAAAAUCCACCCAGUGACGUUUUGAAAUCCAAGAUAGAAUUUACUGUGUUUAAGGUUGGCUACUUUUGGACGCGCAACACUUUCAGGAACAUGUACGAUAACUUGACAAACAGCACUUGCAUUGAUGAUUCCGAAUGGAAGUCAGAUUCAUUCCGGCUUCUGGUGUCGGCUGUCGUGUACGGAUUGGUGCUGGUCGUGGGUCUGCCACUAAAUGCGAUAUCCCUGUGGAUCCUAUUGCGCCGGCACGGGCUCCGGUCACCGGGCGCCGUGCUCAUGAUCAACCUCGCCGCAUCGGACCUGCUGCUUGCGCUCUCUUUGCCACUGCGCGUCUACUUUUACGCAACGCUCAAUUGGCCGUUUGGAGCGGGCACAUGUACCACUGCCAUCUUGCUGUUUCGCAUCAACAUCAGAACGAGCUGCAUUUUCAUCACUUUAAUCAGCGUGGACCGGCUGCUCGCCCUGGUCUUCCCUUUGCGCUCUCGGUCACUGCGCACCUCUGCUUUCGCCUGCAAGUGCAGCUCGCUUGUAUGGAUCCUCAUUACCAUCCUAUGCAUCCCGGAGGGUGUAAAUCUCUACAGUGCACUGAAAGCGUGCCAUCAUCACCACUUGCCCUGUUUCGAGUUCCAAGUAGCCGCCAAGGGCUCACGAAUCACCGGGCUCGGACAGGCGAUAUUUCUGUUGAUUCUCCUGGUGGUCAACAUCGUAUCCACGGUCAUGGUCAUAGUUGUGCUGAGGAAGCGUCCCAGUGGAGACGCGACAAAAGUUAACAACAAAAUGAGCGUGAUGCUUAUUUUUGUUGUCAACAUGUUGGUGUUUAUUGUGUUUUUCCUGCCGUUUACAUUACAACUCUUGACGUUGAAUGAUAAAAAUAACGGCGAGGUUUUACGCGCGUUUAUCUGCCUAGCUAGCAUCAAUUGCUGUCUGGAUCCACUUAUUUACUAUUUCUCCCUGGACUCUUUCUGGCAGGACAAAGGCAAAAUACAAACAGAUGCGGCCUCUCAAUCGCUCAGCAGGUCCCAGGACAGGUUGUGACUGUUCUCUAAAGGUUGGGGCACUCGAUGGAGGCCACACAUUACAUGUAUGUCAUUGCAUGAUAAAAUAUCAAUCCAAAGUAGUAUUUAUUUUAGAGAAAGACGGCACAGUUUUUAGUUAAACUAAACAUUUAACUAAAACAAGACAUAUUACUGUUAGAUAUAGCCUACUGUAUAUAUGCUACUUUUCUAAGCUAUCUAUCUAUCUAUCUAUCUAUCUAUCUAUCUAUCUAUCUAUCUAUCUAUCUAUCUAUCUAUCUAUCUAUCUAAACUGGAAAUGUCACACAUGUCUGGAAAACUCCUGAAAAUAAUACCAUCUCAAAAGUCAUGGAAAUUUCACUGCUCUGAAAAAUAAUGUGUCCUCACUCUGAUUUACUUCUUCAAAAAUAUUUUAUUGGCUUACACUUGCUUGCAACCUUUCCACCAUUAGGUCUUCAUCAGUCAAAACUUGUGAACCACAGUGAUAUGAAAGCACGAAAAGUGUAGGCCAAUAAAGUACUUUUGGAGCCAUAAAUCAGCGUGCAGACACUUACCAUUUAUGUUGAUUGCAACUCAGGUUGGAUGUUCAUACAUUUUUUGCCUUUUUCUUUAAUUUCACUGCUCUAAAAUAAUAAAGCUCUUGUGAAUCUCCAUUGUGAUCAGUUAAUGUGAGCCUAUUUUUUUAAUGUUUCAUACUAAAUCUAUACCCCCACUUCAGAAAAACAGUGUGUUAUGUUAUGGAGGCCGUUAGA